GUCGACUACAACUUCUUUAUAAAUGAAAGUGUCCCACGUAGGACCCCCGCAUAGUAAUGACCUCCCCCAACACUACACUUUUCAGCCCCUACAAAACCACCGUGCAUGAAAAACUAAACACCUAAAAAAAUCAAACACAUUUUUCGAUCAUUCUAUCAAACUCCAUAGUAAUCAAAGUUGAGAGGACACCAAAUUUACACACAUUUUGGAUCAAUCGCAACCAGAAAAUGGGAGUCAAAAUGGUGGUGGCGCCGCCCCAUGCAGGGGCUAUAUGGCGGGAAAGACUAGCUUCCGCCUUGAGAACCGCCAUAGCAUGCACUAUAAUCGGCUGCACCGCCCUAUAUGGUCCACAACACAUCCGCAACCAAAUCCAAUACCCAUCCGUAGCCUAUGUAACCGCCAUCUUAAUAGUUUCAGACGCCACACUCGGCACCACAUUAAGAGGCGCUUUUUUUGCAUUCUGUGCAACCGCCCUUGUCCUCCCCUCAUCCAUCCUUUGUCUCUGGGCAGUGGGCCCCUCACGGUUCACCGAGAGUGGUGCCGCCGCUGCGGUGGCUCUGAGCGCCUUUCUGGUGGCGGUGCCGGAGUUUCUACCGCUUCUAGCCAAGCGCAUUGCCUUUGUACAGCUGGUGAUUAUAUAUGUUGGCGCGGUGGUUCGUGGUGGCACCGCCGAUGCGGUGACUCACCCGGUUCAUGUUGCGGCGUGCACCGCCCUUGGGGCGUCGGCUUCUGUCCUGGCUUUGAUACUGCCGUACCCUAGACUGGCUGUUACUGAGGUGAAGAAGCAAUUUCAGUUGUAUACAGAAAAUGCGUCAGAAAGAAGUGGACUUUAUAUGAAAGCUUUCUUAAGUGAAGACAAAACGACAGCGUGUGAUCUCAUUUCACAAGGUGAACCCAUGGUGGAGUCGGGAACGAAGCUCAUUAACCACAUCAACCACAUCCAGGAAGGUGUGAAGUGGGAGAGGUAUCGUAUGCGGGAUUUCAAGCGAAGUUUCGUGAAGAUGGAAGACCGAUUAGACGACAUCGAAACACCGAUAAAAGGAAUGGAAUUGGCGCUCGAUUCCAUUCCGUCUUUUCCUAUUGGAAUUGUGAAUCCGGAGUUAAGAUCCGUGUUGCAAAGCGAUCGCGUGCACCAGACGUUAAAGCUCGACCAUGCCAAAUGUUUUGUCCCGUUCGAUGAAGCGGUCACGGUUCCCGAACGGAAAGACGAACUCUUUGAUAAAUCACUACACACACUCACAAAUUCCCCCCCAACGCACCGGAAUCUACCGGCUUUUUUCUUUUUAUCGUGCUUCGAAUUACUCGUAAACAACUCAAGCAUGAACCCGAAACCGGAAUCGGAAACGAAAGCGGAAUCGGAAUCGGAAUCAGUCAACAGCCAAGCGAUUGAUGUUAGCCAAGAGUCAAGAAUUACGGGACCAUAUAGCCAACAAAGGAUUGUGUUUGGUUUAAAGUGCUCGAUUUCAUUAGGGCUUGCAGUGCUUUUGGGUAUGUUUUUUGACAAAAAGAACGGGUAUUGGUCUGGGCUAACAAUCGCUAUUAGUUUUGUGGAAGGAAGACAACCGAUUUUUACAGUUGCAAAUGCUCGAGUACAAGGAACAGCAAUCGGGACAGUUUACGGGGUGCUCGGGAGUUGCCUUUUGUAUCAAGUUGCUGAAAUAAGAUUCAUAAUUCUUCUACCAUGGAUUGUUCUCACAAGCUUGUUACAACAUAGCCGGAUGUUUGGAGAAAGUGGCGGCAUCUCGGCGGUGAUCGGAGCUCUUCUCAUUCUUGGCCGGAAGAACUACGGACCAGUGAAGGAAUUCGCAAUUGCGAGGUUAACGGAGGUUUCAAUCGGGCUUUUUUGCAUGGUGGUGUUGGAAAUUGUUCUUGAACCGAUUAUGAUCUAUAACUUGGAGUUUAUCGAUUCCGAUGAAGGUCGGAAAGAGCUUCAAGAACAUGUCAAUCGGAAUCUAGAGAUGUUGAAGGGGAACGGAAUCAAGCAUCUACAAAACAUCAUGUCCGUGAAGUCUAUCAAAAACUUCGAGCACCAGUUACAAGAUCGGGAAGGAUUUUUGGACCUGGAAUCAGCAAGACCAAUUCCGGUGUCAACGGAAUCAACGACUAAAGACAUUGAUGCUUUCCUUCAACACACAAAAGAGACUUAUGGAGGAAAUAAAAGAAGUUGA